UUAUUUUGUUUUUUAGAAUUGUUUUCUUUUUUAUAAUUAUGUUUUUACGUAAUAUUUUAUGUGAUAUCCUUUUUUUUGUUCUAUUUUAUUGUGUACAUAAUCAUCCCUAGUACUUUUAACUAUGUCUCUGAUCGAAUGGGUUGCUUGGAAGAAAUUGCUUGUAGCAAUAAAGCCGCCUUUUGACUAAUUAUGUCCUAUUAAGUAAAAUUUGUAUUUUCUGUCUGUGUGCAAUAAAGCUUAUAAAUAAAAAAAUAAAAUAAAUAAAUAAAAUUAUUCAACUUUACUUCUUCUAUGUUUGCUCUGCAUAAUAUUUGCAUAGCAGUAGACUGGGUUAGGUACAUCCUGUCAAAUUUUCUAAUAAUUUCAUAAGCUGUUUUACAUUCACUAAUAUAUUCUAUUUGACGAUCUGAAAUUGUGCUCAUUAUGAUAGUUCUUGCCUUUAAAUCUUUUUUCUUCAUAAUAUUUUCAUCUUUUACCGGAACAUAUUAUGUCGUGGCGGGCUCGUGACAUUCCUUGUACUCCAACAAGGUCAUUAACCUCAAUUUCCAGCUUGAAUAGUUUGCACCAUCAAAAAUAGGUAUCGUAAUAUCUUCAAUCCGGGCUUGCUUACGGCCGCUUUCUAUAUUGAAUCUCAAUCCCUAAUUUGCUGGUCGAGAUUGAUAUUUCAAUCCAUUUUCUACUUUUAGUAUUUCAAUAACCGAUCGAUGGAUCGCUAACUCGAUCUUUUUUUUCAAUCCAUCUUUGGGAGGGCCGAUCGGGUUUUUAGAUUGGUAUUUGUAUGAAAGUGAGAGUAUGGUGUUUUCUUUAACCGAUCUCUGAUUUUGACAAAUCGAUUUUUGAACGUUAUAGAUCUUUAUUUGUGAUCCUCCAAUUUUGACCGAUUGUAUUGAUAAAAGGCGUGAAAAUGGAAAUAUUUUCAAGUGAUAGUGAUAGUGAUCUUGAAUUAUUAGCUCAGCUGUCGGAUUGGGAUAGUAGCGACAGCGAACAAGAGAGAGCUGUGUCCUCAAAAACUUUUCGACGAAUAAACUUCAUGGCAAGUUUAACUGACGCAGAGUUUACAUUCAGAUUCAGAAUGAACAAAGCCUCAGUAGAAUCUGUCUUUAAUGAAAUAAUGUCCUAUAUCAAAGUGAAAUCAAGACGGAAUAAUGGUAUACCACCAUUGCAUCAACUUUUAUUGGCACUUCGAUUUUAUGCAUUGGGUACAAUGCUUAAUUCAGUGGCCGACUUUGCUGGAGUAUCCUUAUCAUCAGCUUGUAGAAUAGUGGCAGAUAUAUCUGCUGCUAUCGCUAGAUUGUAUAACAAAUAUAUUUUUCUGCAUUCUAGAACUACAGAUAAAUUUUAUAACAUAGCUCAAUUUCCUAGAGUAUGUGGUGCUAUUGACUGUACACAUGUACACAUUCAGUCUCCAUGUUCAACAAUAGGAGAGGAAUAUAGAAAUAGGAAAGGAUACUUUUCAAUCAAUGUCCAAGCCGUUUGUGAUGCAGACCUUAAAUUAAUGAAUGUUGUUGCUCGGUGGCCUGGUUCUGCUCAUGAUGCUACAAUUUUUAAUGAGUCAGUAUUAAAAGCCCAGUGUGAAGAUGGUAUUCUAGGAAAUCGCUGGUUGCUCGGGGACAGUGCCUAUCCAAACCGGCCUUACUUGCUCACACCUUUGUUAAACCCAGCAACUGCCCAGGAAAUAAACUACAAUGAGGCCCAGAUAAAAACUAGAAACACAAUUGAAAGGACAUUUGGAGUCUGGAAACGUCGCUUCCCAGUAAUAUCCUUGACCAUGCGGUUGUCAUUAUAUAACAUACAAACAGUUAUAAUUGCUACAGCUGUUCUUCACAAUAUCUGCAGAAAUUAUAACAUUGAAGAAGUACCCCCUGAAGUAGAAAUGCCAGACGAUAAUGAAACUACUGUGAUAUCAGAGAAUUCGGACAGUAUUGAAAAUGAUAUCAGAAAUAGACAAGGACUGAUUUCUAAUUAUUUUUAAAACUUAUUACCUACCUAUUUAUUUUACAAAAAUAUGAAUAGUCUGUCUUGAGAUAAUUUGUAAAUUCCUUUGAUUAGAUUUUUAUCAUUAACAUUUUGUCUUUAUUAUCAUACCUUUUAUUAGCUUCAAAUUAUUAAACAAUGAUAAUUUCAAUAAAACAUUAAUUUU